UAGAAUAGAAACUUGACAAUGUCCUCCAGGGCUUGAGCGUAAGACCUCGGUGAGGGCGGGGUUUCAGAAACGAGGCCUUUGCUGAAAACUAAUAAUCUACCAGAUUAAUAGGUUUGUGUCUAUGGGAAACAUGCCAAACUCUCCGUCUUGACAAAUACUCUCCAGUGAUCAUGUCAAAAGCUGUCAAACAGCAAUCCAAUUACAGACACAGAGCUACGUUUGUCCUUUUUGUGGUAAAAUUCUUUUACUUUGUUGUUGCGCAAGGCGGAUCACACUGAAAAUAAAGCUCACAAUAAAUAUUUCGUUUGCAAAAGUCACAUAGUGAACCACCAUGAAUUCCUAGAGAAGGUGUGAGCUGACUCAGCUUGUUCUAUGUUUAGCUUUUUAGGAUAAUACAGCUUUUCAGUUAAGAUUUUGUUUGGAAAAACAGGUCAAAGACACAUUCCUUUGCUGUAAAAACUCAUCAUAGGGAUUUUUUAAAUUACAUUUACUUCAACCUUUACACAUUUUUCCCUGGGUGUCGUAAUGUUUUUGCUGAUUGAGUAACUGUCAGAAGGUGCAUCCCACCUGAACACGCCCCUUGGCAGUCGUUGCUGCUACACCAUGUAUUAACCAUCCCAGCAGCCUCACAGGCUUCCAGAGCGUGCUUGGCUCACCACGCAGAAGGAAGUGGACCUUCAGUCAGAGGACCAGCAGUCAGAGGACCAGCAGAGAGCAGGCAUGAGGACCUGCUGCACCGACAGAUAGUUUCAGUGACGCAAGAAGGCUCUGUUGAUAAAAGCUGAAUGGCACGGAUCUGUCGGCUGCGUAACGUGUUGAUCUGUGUGGGCACGCCAUGUGUGCUCAUGCUCCUGAUGUCCGUCUACCUCACCUUCUCCUUGUACAUGGUGUUGAAUGCAUCUGUGGAGAAUAUGAAAAACUACAACAGCGGCCCUCUCUUUGUGGCUCCAGGAACAAAAACAAACGGCACGUUCUGGGAAAAAGAAAAGGCUAUUUGGAACCAGCUCCAAAGAGUCGUGGACCUCAACUUCAACCCCAUCCUGUAUCCGACCCAAGCCAAGGCGGAAUCAGAGAGGGUCUACUUGAAUGAGUCAUUUCUGCAGCAAAGUUUCUCUAAAGUAGCAAACAUGGACUCCAUGAAGGACAAGUUUGAGAAGCUACCAGAGAACAUGCUGCAUUAUUCCAGAUCCAUGCAAAAGAGGAGCUACCCCGUCCUGAUCCAGCCAGACAGGGCGUGUGGAGCCAAAGCGAGGCGUGAGGAUCAGACGCCUUUCAUUCUGUUCGCUAUCAAGUCAUCAGAACUGAACAUCAAGAACCGACAAGCCAUCCGACAGACGUGGGGUCAGGUGGGAUGGGUGCAGGGGCAGAAGAACAGCAGCAACAAAGAAGAAGAAGAAGUAGGAGGAUACGUCCGGAGGGUAUUCUUACUCGGCAAAGAUAACUCCCAAUUUUCCUCUCCAGAUUUGACUGAACUGCUGAAAGCGGAGAACAGACGUUACGGAGACAUCCUGCAGUGGGACUUUGAAGACACCUUUUUUAACCUCACCCUGAAGGACGUCCUCUUCUGGAGCUGGUUCUCGCGUAACUGUGGUCAGACUCUCUUCGUCUUCAAGGGCGAUGACGACGUCUUCGUCAACACUCCAAAACUCAUCUCCUACCUCCACGAAGAGCUGAAGAAACCGCACGCGCACGCCACCAUGAAGGAAUUCAUGAUCGGAGACGUCAUAGGAAAUGCGAUGCCGAUCCGAGGGGAGACCUCCAAGUACUUUGUGCCGGACAGCUUCUACAAGGGCAUCUACCCCAGCUACGCAGGUGGAGGAGGGGUGGUGUACUCGGGCCAUUUGGCUCGACGCUUGCACUACAUCUCUAAAACCGUCCACCUGUACCCCAUCGAUGACGUCUUCGUAGGGAUGUGCAUGCUUCGCCUGAACGCACUCCCCAUCCAUCACCCUGCUUUCCUCACAUUUGACUUCUCCAGAAAGGAUAUUGAGCAACCUUGUUUGUACCACACCAUCCUAUUGGUCCACAAACGAAGCCCGGAGGAGCUGCUCCGCCUGUGGGCCGAGCUGAAAAAGACCCAGACGCAAUGUCGGGACGUUCCUCUGCGGGCGCCGGUUACAAAGAAACUUUCACUGGAACCACCAAGUUAAUGUUUGAGGGCCUAACUAUGGAAGUAUAUGUGUCUAAAAUGUAAAAAUAAAAGUCAAUACCGGAAAUGCUUUUCUUUUUCACGUUCGUUGACUCAAAAAUA